GCUCCGACUCCUUUAUAUUGAGGAGAUGCUGCAGUCCUCGAAGGCCUGUGCAGACAUGCAGCUUCUACCACGCGUGUGCUUCUGUUUCCUGACUUUGUCCGGACUGACGUUUGGUGAUCGAUCCGGGUCACCUGUCAUCACAGUGACUGUGAAAGAAGAUGAAGAUGUGAUUUUACCCUGUUCCCUCGGCACCAGUGAGAACAUUGAGUCCGUGCUGUUUGACUGGAAGAAGGAAGGAACAUCUCCUCCAAAGGAGGUGUUCAUGUAUGAUCCCGAUAGUCCCGACACACGUUACAGAGAUCAAGAUGAGCAGUUCAAAGGUCGCGUCUCACAUUUUCCUGGAGAGCUGAAGCAGGGCAACGCCUCCAUAAGAAUAACCAAAGUGAGGCUGGAGGACAAAGGAAACUACAUCUGUAUCUUUCCAAGAACGAAGCCCAGUCAAAAAGAAUUUACCAUUGAGCUUGUUGUUGGUGCAGUUCAAAAGCCAUAUGUCACAAUGCAAAACAAAGGGCAGCUGGAGUGUGAGAUUCUGGGUGCUUCUCCUAAACCUAUGUUACAGUGGUGGGACAGUGAUAACAAAACACUUUCUUCUAAGAUGCUACAGGACAGAGAAGAUCAAGGUCGCUUUUACAUCAUUAUCCAGACUACUGUGACCAAGCCUGGCUGUUAUCACUGUGUAGCCACACAGAUGGACAUCUGGCAUCAAACUUCCAAAGAGAUCUGUGUGCAUGAAAGGCAAAUUGUGCGGGUAAAAGAAGGUGAUGAUGCCAUUUUACCCUGUUCCCUCAAGACCAGUGAGAGCAUUGAGUCAAAGCCUUUUAGCUGGACGAAAAAAGGGCCAGCAGAUGAAAUGAAGGUUUUCCUUUAUGACACCGGCAAUAUUGAUCGCACGGGUCAAGACAAGAAGUUCAGAGGUCGAGUUUCACAUUUUCCAGAUGAGCUGAAGAACGGCAACGCCUCCAUAACUAUCAAAAAUAUGAAACUGACUGACCAUGGAGAGUAUACCUGUAAUUUUCCACAGCAGCCAGAAAGUAAUGAUGAAAUCAUUCUGCUUGUUGAUGCCACGUCUGGGAAUGUGAUGAUUAGAUCAACUGCUGUUUCAGUUAUUUUUGGAAUUAUUGGAAUUAUUGUUUAAUUUGACUGCAAAGCUUGAGUUCUACAAGACACUGAUAUCUACCCAGUGUAUUUCCAGGAUUAAAAUUGGCCACCUCAGUGUGAGUUUGUAUUAGUGUGCAUUUUUGUUAAGGAUGUGUAACUAUCCCCAGGUGUAUUAUUAAGAACAUAUUAUUUCUUGAACAAAUGUGAUGAAACUGCAAAGAAUUAAAAUUGGUCAACUUGAUGCAAGUUGCCUUAUUUGUAAUUUGAGUGAAACAAUGAAAGUGACACAAAAAAGGGACCAAACUAUAAGAAAAUAUAAGAAAGUGGUUUGACAGUGGUCUGCAUUGUUUGUUCCAAGAUGUUUUUUCACAGAGAUGAGUAUCAGAUGACUUGCUGUAAAGUCAUGUGAAACCCUUAAACAAUUUCAGACUGAUUCAACAUCACAAACAUUAUUUAUGCCACUUGUAGCUGGACCAUGUCAGGAUUAAAACAAUAAUAACUUGAAGGGCACUCAGAGAAAGCUUAUUUUGAUAAGGUCAGUGAUCUGUUCUGCAGAUGUUCUUUUAAAGAAAUCCUGAUAUGCGUCAAAAUGUAAUUUAAAAAAAAAUAUAUCCUUCCUAUGCCCGUGCUCCAAGUCUCCACAAAAUUUAAUGACAUUUGGUUUGGUAGGUUUGUGUUAUCUGCUGACAGACAAACAAAAAGAGUGAGAACAUUCAGAAAUUCUGAGCCAAGGCUGAGAAACAAGAUAUUCUAAAUCAGUGGCAGCUAGUGAAAACUGCUCUGAAAAACUGCUAAAUAUUUCUUCAAAAGUUAAGGUAAUUUUAAAAUAAAAAUUUCAUCUGUGAUCUGAAGCAGUCACUUGUGUCACUUGAAUUUUGAAAGAAAAAGUUGAAAUCCCAUGUUUCAGGCUGUCCGUAAAUUACACCUGAUGAUCAGGCUGCAGCUCGCUGCCAUCUCUGUAUGAUUGUGUACAGAUGAAUAUCUGAAGGUAAACUGUGAAAAUGCUAAAUAAAAAUGCUCUGUAAUGGAUGCUUCACAAAUAUCGACAUUUUCCAGAGUGUAAAGGGUGUAUGACGGGGGUGGGGUUUACAGCCAGCGUACGCUUUUCAAAUAGUUAGAAAAUGUUUGAGUGCUGCCGUCUGACCGCUGAUGGCCGAGGCUUCCACACCACUGCACCAUUGCAUGGUCUGCAGCGAUAUGGCCUCAGGUCUGGCGGAUCAGUUCAAAGGCCUCAUUAAAUUCUCUAAAAUGACUCUAUAUUAGACAGGAACAAGCUGUGAGUGCAGCGCAGCAGGUGUGGAAAGCAGCCAAAGCCGCCGAAGAUAAAACCAACAAGAAGUGGAAGCAUUGUUCCAAAAAUAGAAACCGUACGCAGUCAACCGCAGAAAACUAUGAUGGAUUUUAUUCUACAUGUUCUUGGCCUGUUUUCAUCUAUGCUGGCCCAGAUAUUUGAGCAUAAUCUGGCAGUUGGUGGCCGGCACUGUUGCCAACUUUUGUGCAACAAAAUUCGCUGUCGACUGUCUCAAAAGUCGCUAAAGGAUGAAUCAGGUCUGGGUGUGUGUGCUGACCCCCUCGGUGCCAAAGAGAGGUCCACGGUGCCACGAAGGGAUGCAGUACGAGCACUGUGUGUACACAAAACAUGGUGACAGCGGAGUUUUCAGGUUUCCGGUGUUGUGUCAAAAAACGAUUUUUUUUUUUUUUUUUUUUAUGUUUUUUUCUUUGCUUAUAUCGGUAAAUGGGUACACAGGAUUAAUGAAGGGCUCAUAUAUAAAAUGAAUGACUUGUUCUUACCCUCAUUAAUAAAGAAUAUAUUGUAGCAUCUGUUAAAACGUUGAAGAAGAUGGCGAGAGACUGCCAGCAAAGGUUGUCCUUUUAUUAACAAUUAAAUGGUUGCUGUGUGCCGCAACCACGCCAACAACAGCAACACCAAAACAGGACUCUCACUCUCCCUCGUGUGCACACACACGUUCCACAUUCCGUACCAACAAAACAGUGGGAAAUCAGAACAUCUGCCCAGAACCAUCUAACUUGAACAGAAUUGCUACAAUAUGAAAGUCACUUUGCCAAAAACUGACUGCAGCUUCUACCAUGUGAUAGAAAUGUUCUUUAUGACUCAAAAUGAAUUGAUAUCAUUCAUAAGAGAUGAUGUUUGAGAUAUGCUUCACAGAUUAUUGGUCUGCAAGUCAUUUACAUCAACAUAAUAAUUUUUUGGGCAAAUACAGGAAAUCCGACUAUUCAGAUGAAAAAUCACUCCACUGCCACUCUGUACAGUGUGGAGGCUUGUACAUUUACCGUACAUUCAGUGCAGUACACAUUCACUUUAAAAUUCAAAUCAGUUUAUUGCACCCUAUAAAUUUUAAUAUAUAGGUAUAUCUGUUAAUUACAGGGUGUACCCUGUCUGAAAAAGAGUACGCUUUGUAAACUCUGGAAAAUGUCGAUAUUUAUGAAUCGUCCCUAAUUGAAAUGCAUGCAGCAGCUCACAUUGUUUAAGCUUAAUUAAACAUGAGCACUUAUAAAAUACUGAGGUGAACAUAAUCCUUAACCUGCUCCUAUUGAGUUUGAAUGUGCCUUCUUUAGUAUACACUUGUCCUUGGUAUUAUCAUAAAUAAGCCUGUAAUGCUUUUUUAAUUUUAAUGGAACGAAGCCAGUGUGUCAGGUAUGCUGUUGAUAAUUGAUACUGGAUUGUACAAAAAUGUGUUAAUGCUGUUAACUGAUGAUUUUACAUUGUCAUGUCAUUUCACACUGCUUAAAGAUUUCUGAGAG